UCGAAUGCGCCAGCGUAUGCAGGGACGUGGUCUCGGCUCAAACUGUCCCAGCCGCUAUGUCCAUGGCUGCAGGAAUACAUUCAAGAAGACCUCGGUUUUAGACAGAUGACGCCGGUGCAAGCCAGCACCAUUCCGCUCUUCCUAUCACAUAAGGAUGUCAUCGUCGAAGCGAUCACUGGCUCAGGCAAGACGCUUGCAUAUCUCGUACCUAUCGUCGAGCUGCUCACUCGCAAAUGGGAAACUGACUGGAGGGGAAAGCAUAGCGAUAACGAAGCGCAAGGCAGCAGCGACCACGGCGCGAUCUUCCAAACACCAAGAGAUCGUCGGCGAGAUCGACAUGUCGGUGCCUUGAUCGUCGCGCCAACUCACGAGCUCGCGGCGCAGAUUCAUCAAGUCCUCGAAAAGGAUGCACAAGCUGCCGAAUCAGGCGAACUCGACCACUCAUCCAUUUUUUCUGGACCGGCGCCUUUGCGUGCUCAGCUAGUGGUAGGUGGAUCAUCAAUCAAGCCCCAACGAGACUAUCAGCGCUUCAAAGAUAACAUUCCGGACGUUCUCGUUGGCACGCCUGGGCGACUGGAAGAGUUGCUCAAACAGCCUGGAGUUAACACGAAGGGCUUUGAGAUGCUCAUAAUGGAUGAAGCGGACCGGCUUCUGGACCUUGGAUUCAUGCCGACGCUCACAUCCAUCCUCGAUCAUUUGCCAAGACAGCGGCGAACAGGGCUCUUCUCCGCGACUAUGACAGACGCAAUGGCUGAGCUUGCUCGCCUUGGUCUGCGCAAUCCCAGCAGGAUUGUCGUCAAGGUUGAGAAAAAGGUGCAGCAGAAAGAUGGGGCCAUACGGAAGGAGGUCGUCACAGAAGAUCGCAGGAUACCUGCGACGCUACAAAAUUAUUACCUUAUAAGCCGUCCAGAAAACAAAAUGGCCCAGCUCGUACGGCUUCUUCGGUACGAAACGCAGACCUUUUCGGGCGGGAAGAUGAUCGUCUACUUUUCGACAUGCGCUCAAGUGAAUUAUUUUCACAAGAUCCUGUCCGACUGCUCGCAGCUGAUCGGCAUCCAGCUGUACACGCUACACGGCAAGCAAACGCCAUCGCGCCGACGAGCCACGUUCAAAGCGUUCGUCAGCUCGAUCGGCAUGAAGUCCAAUUUGGCCGCCGGCAGCGCCUCCGUGCUGCUGUGCACUGAUGUUGCAGCGCGCGGACUCGAUCUUCCGGAUGUCGACUGUGUCAUACAGUACGAUCCACCGACCGACCCGAGCUCGUUCAAUCAUCGAAUCGGUCGUACGGCGCGAGCGGGCCGAAAGGGGAGGGCGAUCGUCUUGCUGCAUCAGGGCCGCGAGGAGGAGUAUGCAGACUUUCUGCGUGUCCGUAAGGUUCCACUUCAAGAAUACCCGUACCUUCUAUGCAAUGCCGCUAGCAAUAGCGGCAUCGCGCCAGGAACGGAGCCAGAAGGGCUUGACCAGGAAGCACGGAAGUUGGAAGCAACGCUGAGGAAGACUGUCAUGACCGACAGGCAACUUUUCGACCUUGGCGCCCUCGCUUUCGUCUCUUACGUCCGUGCGUACGGCAAACAUGAAGCAGCUUACAUCUUUCGGACCAAAGAGCUCAGCUUGGAAGGUGUGGCGCGUUCAUUUGCGCUGCUGCGUUUGCCCCGCAUGCCUGAGCGCAAAGCAAACGCGACCGGGGGGACGGACGGUGGCCAGGCAAUCGCCAGCAUCGGCUUUGAAGAUGCAAAAAUCGACAUGAGUGCAUAUGCAUACCGUGAUGCAGCGAAGGAGAAGCAACGGCUGGAUGAGAUAGCCAAGCGUUUGACUGCGGCAGCGGCGCGAGAAGCUGAAGUAGAUGGCCAGGGCGACGCGACGAUGCAAAAACGAAAGGCUUCGGACCCUGUGGAGAAGGGAAGCAAGGUCGCUAGUGGCGAAGCUUGGAGCCACCAGAAGCGCAAGAAGGAGGUACGGGAGCUUCGCAAAGAAAAGAAAGCACGGAAGCGGAGCUGGCUCAAAGAACAACAGGCGGCCACGAAGGAAGCCGAAGUUGAUGGCAAAAAUGGCGCU